UCACGAUUAGGCCGGUCACUGAUCAGGUAGAAAACCAGAGAAAGCCGCCGACGUCGGAGGUUUUCUGGCAGUCGGGCACAAGCAACCAUAACCAAAGCCCAAUUGCAACACCACCACCACGCCACACGCGAGCGAGAAAACCCCGAGUCAAAUGGCGUUUCUUUACUAAUCAAUCCACGAGCAUGCCCGCUGAAACCAGCAAGAAGCCGUCGUCGUCCCGAGCAGGCGAGCACCACCCCUAUAAGACGAGGCCUCCCUCCCUGUCCCAAGCUCGAUCGAUUCCAAAGCCAGUCAGCAAGCCAACCACCGACGGGUCAAUCAUGGAGGGGCUCAUCCCGUUCGUCUACAAGGCCAUCAAGGAGCGGCGCAGCCGGAGCUACUCCAGGUGCGGCAGCUCGUCCGCCGUCGCGGACGAGGACGACGUGUGGGAGCAGCAGAAGCAGCAGUGGGCACCGGCGGCGGACGGCGCCGGGAGGGAGCAGGCGGGGCACCGGCGGCACCGGUCGCUGGAGGAACUGGCCGGCGAGGUGGGCGCCGCGGCGCCGGAGUGGCCGGCCCGCGGGGCCAUGCGCAGGGGCAGGAGCGCCAGGAUCUUCUCCUGCAUCGGCGGCAUGUGAUCACUGAUCAGCACGUACGUAGUUCAUUUGUGCCUGUACUGUAAGGUAAGGUUGAGGGUGAUCUGAAGAGUACGUACAAGGGAGUUGGUGCACGUAGUGCGCGCGUGUUGUGUUGUGUGUACUCCAACCAAAGUGUAUAUACAUGGAUUUUAUGAAGAUGAUGGUGUAAA